AUGGCAUUCAAUCCGGCGGCAGCAGCUGCAUUCAAUGCUCAGUUGCUGGCUGCCUCACAACCGUCUACACCGGUUAAAACGGAACAACCAUCAACAUUAGUUGGUAAUGUUCCGGUUGCAACCUCAAUAAGUAGUAAUAAUGCUGAUGAAAUGGGUGGUGGUGGCGGUGAUACGACGAGAUUUUUGAAUGCCAGUGGACCACUGCUGACACCCGGUGGUUUAGCCGGUUUUCCGCAUCCAAUGGAACAUGAAGCUGCAUUCAGGGCAGCUAUGGCUCAAGGUGCACUUCCUUUUCCUGCCAUUUAUCCCGGUUUACAUCCUGCAGAAAUGAAACCAGAAAUGAUUGGUGCGGUACGGGCAGUUUCCGGUUAUUUUUUCGAUCCAAUGCCAUAUCAUCCAUAUGCUAGUGGUUUGGAUGGUACGCGGCGCAAAAAUGCAACACGUGAAACAACUGCGCCACUUAAAUCAUGGCUUAAUGAGCAUCGGAAAAAUCCAUAUCCGACAAAAGCGGAAAAAAUUAUGCUUGCAUUACUCACUAAAAUGACUUUAACACAGGUGUCAACAUGGUUUGCAAAUGCUCGUCGACGAUUAAAGAAGGAAAAUAAGAUGACAUGGUCACCGCGUAAUCGACCAGGUGAUGAUGACGAUGAUGAUUUAGGUGAUAUUGAUGCAUCAUCCGAGCAAAAUCAUUCUGAUCGUCCAUGUAGCAGUGCAUCUGAUGGUGAUAUCUCUGUUGUUAUCAAUGAUACCAGUGAACACGAUGCAUCCGGUGAUAUACAAUCAAAAUCAAUCACUCCACCAUUACAAUCAUCAUGUUCUGAAGCAAAUAUUAAUUUACCACGAUUAUCAUCAUCAUCAUCAUCAUCAGCAACAACAACAACAAUAACACCAACAACAACAACAACUAGUACUACAGUAACAACACCAAGGAAAACAAAAAUUUGGUCUAUUGCAGAAACAUUAUCAAGUAAUACAGGUGAAGCAAAUAGUAGUAAUAAUUGUUGUAUCGGAUAUGGUAGUAAUAAAGAUGAUUAUGAACGUGCAUCAACAUCAGUUGAAAGAAAAUCAUGGAAUGAUGAUCAAGAAUCGAUGGUACAAUCUGAUAUCGCUUCAACAAUGAUUAAUAUUAAUCAAACAAUACCAUCAUCAUCAUCAUCAUCAACAACAUUAUCAUCAUCAUCAAUAUCACAAUCAUUACCAUUAACAUCAUCAUUGUUACCUCCAAAUGCUUCUACUAUUACUGCUAUUAAUGGUCAAAUACCGCAUCAUUUUUUACAAUUUCAUCCAUGGCAACAACAACAACAGCAACAUCAACAUCAUCAACAUCAUCAUCAACAACAUCAUCAUCAUCAUCAACAACAACAAUUAGCUAUGGCAAUGGCUAUUCGUAUGCCAUUUCCUAGGCCAGAAUUAUUAACAAUGAUGGCACAAGCAGGCCAUAUUCGAUCACCAAUGCUAUUUAAUCCAAUGUUUAUGGGUGCAAUAAUGCCUGGAAUAUCAACAACAAAUCAUCCAAUACAUUCAACUCAUUUAUCAACAACACAAUCUAAUAAUACAUUGUUAACAAAUGGACCUAUAUCACAAUGGCGAACACCAAAAUCUGCAGCAACAAGUCCUAUUACACCUGUGGUAAUUUCACCAUCAGCGAUAACACCAACAACAACAACAACAACAACAGGUGCAACAAUAACACCUAACGAAAGGAUGAUAGCGAUUACAACAAACAAUAACAACAAUAACAAUAGCAAUAACAACAACAACAAUAAUAAUAAUAGUAAUAACAAUCAUAGCAGUAUUGAUUGUGAUGAUGAAAAUUCGCCAAAUGAUAGUAAAAGGAGUAAAAGUAGCGAUAAAUCCUGGGAAAAUUCAUUGUAUUAA